AUGAAGAAGCAACUUGUAAUCACUCUUCUUAUUCUCACUUUAAUAACAACAGAUAUGGUAGAAGGGACAAAGAAAACAUAUGGGGUAUACGACAACAACAACUCUGUAAAAUUGUUUGUAUUUGGAGACUCCUAUGUAGAUACAGGCAAUUUCUUGAACUCAUCUUCGUAUAAACCUCCUUAUGGAAUCACAUUUCCUGGUAAACCUGCUGGAAGAUUUUCAGAUGGUCGUGUUCUCACGGAUUACAUUGCUUCGUUUUUGAAAAUUGAAAGCCCUACACCAUACUCUUUGAAGAAUUCCUCGAAUCUACAAUAUGGAAUCAACUUUGCUCAUGGAGGAACUGGUGUUUUCCAAACAUCGAUCAAUGGACCAAACAUGACCGUUCAAAUCGACUCACUCGAGAAACUAAUCAAACAAAAUGUCUAUACCAAACAAGACCUUAAAUCUUCCAUUGCGCUCGUAAGCGCUUCUGGCAACGAUUAUGUUGCCUUUGUAAGCAAUAGAAGCAUUACCGAGAUAAAAUCUUUCACUACAUUGCUUAUCAAGCAAUUAUCGUUAAAUGUUCAACGCAUCCAUAAUUUAGGAAUAAAUAAAAUAGCAAUUGGGUUAUUGGAACCUAUUGGCUGCAUGCCUCCAAUAACUCAGGUAAUUUUUCAUCUUACUUGCGUUGAUCUUCUAAAUUUGGUAUCUGAAAAUCACAACCAAUUACUUCUCAAGAAUUUGCUACAACUUAACCAGCAACUUGGAAAAUCAGUUUUUGUUCCACUAGACCUUUACAACGCUUUCCUAUCUACAAUUGAAAUGAUGCAGAAAAAUCGCUAUGAAAAUUCAGCUCUAAUGAAUCCAUUAGAAUUGUGUUGUAAGGGAGAGAGUUUGGAAAAUUCUUGUGGAAGUGUGGAUGAUAAUGGAGAAAAGAAAUAUAGUUUGUGUGAGAAGCCAGAGGUUUCAUUCUUUUGGGAUACAGUUCACCCUUCUCAAAAUGGUUGGAAUGCUGUCUACAAACAAUUGCAAUCAUCUCUUGGUCAACUUAUUGAAAAAAAUUAA